AUGUCUUCCCUGCACCAACGCGUCAGCUCGUGUUCUUUCCUCUUUGGGCCGUGGCCGCGUUCCCCUGUGGACGUGUUUGGCGUUGUUUUUUCUCUGGCGAUGGCGUCCGCUUUUCUGGGACAAACGAAGAAAAACAGAAUAUAUAACUGGGCCAAAUUUCAUUCCCUUAAACCACACUCUCUCCCCUCCCCAUCCCACCAAACAACCAUUUGCAAAUCCACCACCACCAUGUUUUACAUUUCAGAUAACGUCAGCGUUGUCGAUGGAUUUGUCGUGUUAACUAUUGAAAAGGAGGGUGCUUCUGUCCGCAAGGUUGUCAAGAAGUUCCACCCCAAGAGCAAGCUGUUCCUGCUGGAGGAGCGCACCAAGCUGGCCAACUACGCCCUGGUGGACCUGGACGAGUACCACACCGCCUUCCCCGGCUCCGACCUUGUCCCCGUCCCCAGCUCCCAGCUCUUCUCCGUCUGCACCACCUCCAAGAGGCUCUUCUACACCACCCCAGACGGCUUCCGCAUCGUCAACAGCAAGACCCCAGACAGACACAGACGCUGCUCCCAGGAGUACACCGUCAUCCCCGUGGUCUACAAGGACAAGCCCACCAAGUACCUCUAUCUCAGGGACGAGACCCACUCCACGCAGUACCUGCUCGCCGACGUCACGGUCGACAGGGACAUUGUGCACUCCAAGGACUCGUCCUUCUUUGAACAGGAGAUGAAUGUGGGUGAGAUCGUGUUCACCGAGAACGAUCUGUCCGUCUUGGCAGGCUUCCAGCAGUACAAGGCCCAGUUUGCAGAGGACAUCUACUCCUACUUCUCCACCAUCUACUCCGAGGUCAGGUCCAGGUACCACCGCCGUCCGUACCUGUCCUCGUUCCACCGUCCAGGCUACGGGGAGACCUUCCCCAAGGACCUGCAGAUCCCCACCAUCCAGAAGUACAGCUCCAUGGGGUCUGCCUUUCUGUUUCUGGCGGAGGUGUUCCCACAACUCUCCUUUGCCGAGGACUUUACCUGCGAACAUGAACAGAGUCCGCCCAAGUCCAUUGAUGCCAUCGCCUCGUGGUUCACUUUCAAGCUGCUACCGGGCUCUGACAACGAACUGUGGUACCUUUUGGUGCGCAUCUGCUGCUACAACUGGCAGGACACCUCCGUGGCGUACCCAGCUCUCCACACCUUGAACUCCUUUCGCCAGCUGGUCGACUCUAUCCGGGCCCUGGCCACCUACUCUGUUCUCUACCGGUUCUCCAUGCUGGGCCAUCCCGGUGCUCUACUGCCGAUG